AUGGAAGCCCGCAAGAGGCGAAAAUCCAAUAAGGGCCAAGACAUGAUUAGUGACCUCCCUGAUUUCAUUACUGGUCGCAUUCUUUCUUUUCUUCCUACCAGAGAUGCAGUUCGUACAAGUGUUUUAUCCAAGAGUUGGAAACGCCGCUGGACAUUCAUCACCGUACUACACUUUGAAGAUAGACAUUCCAAGAAAAUAAGAAAAACUUUCUUUAUGAACUUUGUGUACAUGGUGCUGCUUCGUCUGAAUAGUUCAAACAUCCAAAGUUUUUCACUUGCUAUAUCAGACAAGUAUGAACCUUACCAUGUGGAUCAGUGGAUAUUUGCUGUUCUAAGCCGGAGAGUCAAAAAGCUUUGUGUCAAUUCAGAGAAGAAACAACAAACCCUUUUCUCUCAUUCCAUUAUGAGAUACAAGUCCUUAGAGGAACUGGUGCUAAAUGUGAAUUGGAAUAUUAAAGUUCCAACCUUUGCGUGUUUUUCAUUCCUCACAGUUCUGAACAUGUCUGGAAUCAAGUUUCAAAAUGACCCUUCUAAUAGCUCUGGAAAGAUUCACCUCGAUUUCCCAGUUCUGACAACUUAUGAGACUGAAAAUUGCACUUGGCCAUCAACAGUAAAGUGUGUCACUCUGAAAGUACCUCUGCUUAAAAUGGUUUCAAUAAGGGAUUUUCAAGGUUGGUCACCAUAUGAUGCUGAUACAUAUCCUGUCAUAAAGUUUUGUGCUUCGUGUCUUACAAAAUUCACUUAUAAAGGUUAUCUCUUCCCAUACACCAUUGUGUUUGAUCUAUCUGUUGCUGCCAUUGCUUCUGCUAUUAUUGAUAUUUGUCGGUACCAAUAUGUGGAGGAAAAUGUGCAAGAAGCUGUGGCUCUUUCUAGUAAGCUUCUAAAGCAACUUAAAAAUGUGAAAUCGCUGGAGUUUAAGUGGUCAAAGAAGGUUCUGCCAUUUGCAAAAGAUUCACCGGAAGAUCUUUCUACAUUUGAAAAGUUAAGUCAUCUGGAGCUAGAAGAGGUUACUGACCAAAUUCUGUUGGCAUUCCUUCAUAAAACACCAAUUCUAAAGACUCUUAUUUUAAAGGGACUACUCCAAGUUGACCAAGAACUGUUGAAUUAUGAUCUUGUUCAUGAUUGUUUUCUAACUACUCUUCAAGUGGUAAAGUUUUGGAGUUUUGAUGGUUCCAAGCAUCAGUUAAAUUUUGCUAAAUUUGUGAUGGCAAAUGGUGUUGCCUUGAAGAGGAUGAGUUUCAUCUCCACUUGGGAGCUACGUAAAUUCAAUUUGGAAGAAGUAAAAGAGAAGUUGUUCUCAUUCAAGAAAUGUGAUUAUCAUGGAUUUGUUUUAUGA